AUGAAAUUAUUUGUAUGUGUCUUGGCGCUGGCCGCCAUUCUGUCAACCACAAACGCAGGACUGCUGGGUCUGCUGAAGGGAGGAGGCGGCAGCGGCGGGGGCUACAGUGGGGGCUCCGGCUAUGGUGGAGGCUCUGGGUAUGGCGGUGGAUACGGAGCAGGAUACGGCGGUGGCUACAACAGUGGCGGCGGCGGUGGUGUCCAAAUAGUCAAAGUGAUCAACACCUAUGAGGGUGGCCAUGGAGGCGGUGGUUACGGAGGUGGUUACGGAGGUGGUUACGGAGGUGGUUACGGAGGUGGCUACGGAGGUGGUUAUGGAGGCGGCUACGGAGGUGGCCAUUCUCAUGUGGAUGUCUACAAGGUCAUUACAACCACUCAUGGGGGUGGACACAGCGGAGGAUACGGCGGAGGAUACAGCGGAGGAUACGGCGGAGGGUAUGCAGCAAAUUAUGGCAGUAGCUACGGCGGCGGGUACGGCAGUCAGUCCGGAUGGUGGAAGAAGAAGUAA